AUGUCUUAUUUAGAGAUGAUGAAUUUCAAACGAAUCUACCAUCGUUUCGAGAUAGUUCAAACACCUCAAAAUGUAAAAUGUUUUGUAUGUGGAAUGAGUUGUAAUGGAAAAAAUGUGUUAAAAUGUAAAGACUGUAAUAAGUAUUGUCAUGAAUUUUGUCAGGAGAGUGUUGUUUCUAACUGUUAUAGUAAAAAUAUUCGAGAUGAUAACAAACACUCAUUUGAACCAUCUUAUUCAGGUGGAAAUUGUGUUGUAUGUGGAAAGAGUGGAGGAACUAUAUUUCGAUGUAUUUGGUGUUCUCUUUUUGUCCAUAACACAUGCCAACCAAAAUUGUUAAAUUGUUGUAGACAACUUAUGUUAAAAAGUGAUCAAAGAACGCACUAUUUUAUAAAUGAAGGAAAAGGGAUUUGUGUAGUAUGUAAAAAAGAAAUUUGUCAAGAAGAUGGAAAUUCUUUUCAUUGCAUUUACUGUAAAAAGUCAGUUCAUGAAAAGUGUUGUAGUGAUGACUUAGAACGUAAAUGUGAUUGUGGGAAACUUGGAAGAUAUCUUAUUCAUCCUUGUGAAGUUAUUUUCAAAAAUCGGUACAUAUUAAAGGGACCUUUAGAACAUCCUAUAUUUUUUAUCAUAAAUGAACUUAGUGGUGGAAAACGUUCAAAAGAAGUUAUUUCUUUAUUGGGAAGUUAUUUUCAUCCAAUGCAAUUUAUUAAAAUUGAAGAAUUAACAAUAAAAGGAUCAACAGUAUCUCAAAACAAUGAUUGGUAUUCAAAAGAGAAAAAACCAAUUAUUGUAAUUUGUGGAGGAGACGGGAGUGUUGAAUCUUGUCUUGAUCAAUUUGGACCUUUUGUAACAUAUCUUCUAUUACCAUAUGGAACUGGAAAUGAUUUAUCUUUAAGUCUCGGUUAUAAUCCAUCAACAACACUUGCUGAAUUUGAAGCAAGUCCAAUUAGUUUAUUAAUGAAAAGAGUGAAUGACCAUAGAACGCAAAUUGAUAGAUGGAAAGUAACAAAAGCAACAUAUCCUGGAGAUUCUACUUUUUUUGAUUUUAGACAUUUUACCAAUUAUUUAAGUAUUGGAAUUGAUGCUGCUGUUGCUCAAUCAUUUUCUGAAAAAAGAGAAAUUGGACCAUGUGGAAGAUUUAUUAAUAAAUGUAAAUAUGCUAUGAGUGUAACUGCAUUGUUAGAUGAUUCUUGUAAGAAUAUUCACAAUAAAAUCAUUGUCGAAGUUGAUGGAGAAGAAAUUGAUUUACCUCCAAUGGAUUGUUUAAUAUUUCAAACAACAUUAACCUGUUAUGGUGGACAAACAUUAUGGAAUAAUCCUGUCGGGUUUAAAGAGCAAAGGAUGGAUGAUGGGAUGUUAGAAAUAAUGUAUAUUCGGAAUAUUGCUGAAUUAGGAUCAGUUUCUAUUGGAGUUUCAACACCAACUCCAUUAGCACAAGGAAAAGAAAUAAUAGUUACACUAAAACCAAAUUUUGUAUUACCACUCCAAACAGACGGAGAGCCAUUUCUUUUACAGAAUAGUGUAUUACAUUUUUAUUGUGAGUCCCAUAAUACAUUUGUAUCUUCUCAUUGA